AUGCCUGACACUAUUGAUUUGACAGGCUCAUCACCAUCUAUGCCACGUCUAACAAGAAGUUCAACUCGAGCACUCUCUUCAGCUACAGAAUCAUCAAGAAAGGAUCAGAUAACAGAAGCUUCCUCUCAAAAGUCAGAGAUCGAAACUAUAUCAUCUUUAUCAAGCCUUGGCCUCUUAGAAGAACAACAAAAUGCCCUCAUCUCUAAACGCAACUGGCUGACCUCUCACACAAUUACUAUUCCCCGAGAUGCCUUUCGAACUCUACCCUCAAUUCCAAAGGGAUACCAUACAUUAUUAGCAACAUUUGUCUUUGCUCAGUCCGAGGCUGGGACUGCAGUCUGCAUCUCGCCUGAUGGCGUCCUCCUCACCUGUGCACACUGCGUUGCAGAAGAGCCCUCUGAGCUCACAGCUCACACGUCGUACGUCCUCUUGUCAUCGCAUGGGAAAGUUGUUUCAGCGAAAGUGGUAGCUUGGGAUCCAAUACGUGAUCUCGCUUUACUUCAGAUCGACAAAGCCGAGCGUUUACGCCGGCCGUUUCCCUGUGCCCGUAUCGCGACCUCGCCUCCCAAGUUCAGCACUGAGCUACUAUGCAUCGGCCACCCGGGCUCUGAAGACCUUGAGGCUGAGCACAGUGGUGUAAAGACAGAGUACGACACGCUCGUUCUCACCGAGGGGACCUUCCGUGGCCUAGAUAAGGAUCAAGAUCCGCAGGACAACAGUGACAUCGGCGCUCUCAAGCAUAGCUGCUGGACGUAUUGGGGACACAGCGGUGCAGGAUUGUUCGAUCGGAAGACGGGGGCGUUAGUAGGCGUCCAUUCGAGCUGGGACGACAAGACAGGCAUGAGGAGGGGAGUGCCAUUGGAGGCAGUGGUUGCCUUCGUCAAAGAGGUUGAAGCGAGCAAGAGGGAAGACUUGGCAGAGAAUUGGCGAUGGUAUGUGUGGCGGGAGCCAGAACCCACCACUAACUAUGCCCAGGGAUUGAUAUUGGAAUAA